AUGCCCAAAUUCUCGGUCGGGUUUGGCAGGCGGAAAUCGUCCGCCGCCGAGGAAGACUUACAGAAUGCACAAACAACAGGGGAACCCUCCUUUAGAGUCUUGACAAGGACAGAGGUUGGUAACGGCAGGACGUUUGAUGGCGGUGCGAAACUGGCCAAGGCGACGACCCUGCCUAUCCAUAGGCCGUCCCUGUCCCAGGCUUCGAUGGAAGAUAAUAUGUUCGCCGCCCUGAAGACCAACAGGUAUGCUUCUACUGCACCAUCCUCCGCCGACAUUGCCCAUCAAGGAACACAGGAAGAAUGGAAGGGCUCGAAUAAAGCCGUUCAUGGAAAUAUGACUGAUCCCGUGCCUCCGAAACCAUCGUCUCGGGGCUUUCUCGAAAGGGCCGGGAGGACGUUUUCCUUCGGCCAGAGAAAACACGCCCCCGUCGUGCCCUCCGUGGCAGACCACCCGCUCCCUUCUCCACCAUCGACGGCGCGAGCUUCGACGCAGGAUGGCGAUUCAACCCGCCGCUCCCGGCGAUUAACUUCGUCCACUUCCAGCACCGCCACGCCCCCGAAGCUAGAUGUCGAGAAUGACUUCUCCUUGGAUAUGGGGUCCGACUUUGGCCAAAUGUUCGACGGCAAGUUCAAGAGGAAUAGCGCCAUGACCCUGAAGGCCGUUCCUCGCGACGGUGCAUCCAAGGAACCGACCGCCCCCCAACCUCAAUCCAAAACCCGGCCAACUCACCUUACUCCUGCUCCGAUCCAUAUUGACCAUGCUGCCCAAGUCGACCCUUCGCCGCGUUCGUGGAGCAGCCAGCACUCUAAUGAACAUCUAUUGAACUCCAGGUCGAACCCUAGCUCGCCGCCUGCUCUCGACGGUCAACCUCUUCCCGUUCCUCGCCAUGCUUCUCCCCUCAGCUUCUCCCCCAGCAGGCGGCCGUCGGACAUCAUCGAGGACGAGGACGUUGACCUUUUCAAAGAUUCCCUAGCAGCAAGUCAAUUGCUCGGCGGUUCGCAACAGCGCGAAAGGCCCGAGACACUGGCGCCACCGUCGUCGGGUGUAGCUCGGCGGAACGAGAACACUGGAUCGACGGAAACGGACGACGGCAUAUUCGAGGGAGCCUUGGCCCAGUCCUCCCGCAUCGCCAACCGCUUCGUCUCCCGAGCACCCAGCCCUCCUCGAAAUAAGGUCAUGACGCCCGCUCAAUUCGAACGUUAUCGCCAGGAUAUCGAGCGCAAGGGAUCCGCGGCUGACACGGGCAACCUGUCAAGUGGGGGACGGAAUGACGACGAGGAAGACGAUUAUGAGGACGACGACGAUGAAAUAGAGAAAGCCAAACAGGCAGCCAAGCAGAGAAGGAAGCAAGAGGCACACAUGACAAUCUAUCGCCAGCAGAUGAUGAAGGUCACCGGCGAAUCCUCCAGCUCACUGCCGUCCUCCCGCCCGGGCCUGCAGGCAUCGUUGAGCUCGCCAAGUGUGUUGGCUCUCCCCGGCCAGACGGGAAGUGCAUCUCCCAGGAUCGUCGAGGACGGCGGAGACGAGGACGAAGAGAUACCGCUCGCCAUAUUAGCCGCCCACGGGUUCCCGAACAGGAACAAGCCACCGAGUCGCCUGAGCAUAAUGGGAUCUCACCCGGAUUUGCGUUCCUCGAUGCUUCACCCGCCCGCCCGACCCAGCUCGGGCCUCGGCAAUGCCUCGGCCUCUCAAGCCGGAAACCGGGCUUCUCAGUUGCCCGCUUUCGCCAGACGGCUACCCCAAGACCCUUUCAUCGGUGCCGGCUUGGUCAACGGGCCACCGCGCGAAUCUAUUAAUUUCGCCGGCGGCUCGCCCCUCCCCAAUGCCCAAGGUCCCCUCCCGCCCGGCGGCCUGGUUGGCGUCAUCGCCAACGAAGAACGCUCGCGUGCCAUGCGACGAGGCAGCCCCCAGGUUGAUGCCCAUGCCUUCAACUCGGCCAUGGGCAACAGCUCAGCCUGGGACCCCGUCAACGGCAUCCCUCCACACAUGAUGUAUGGCGCGGGAGGCAUGCCGCAAAUGCCGCCCAUGAUGCUCUCGCCGGGGGAUCAAGCACAGAUUCAGAUGACCCAGCAGAUGCAGCAGUUUAUGCAGAUGCAGAUGCAGUUCAUGCAGAUGAUGACCGCCGGCGGCGCCAAUCCGCCGAUGGGCUUUCGUCCUAUGAGUCAGAUGCCAGUGCCCUCGAUUCCAGACAACAUGAGUUCGCAACGACAGGCCUUCUUGGAUCCCAUGUCCUUUGGCAUGGAGCCGCAGCGCCCAUCCCUCGACCCGCGCAUGCGGACUAUGAGCAUGGUACAGCCCAGUUCUGAGUCCUGGAUUCAUCCCGGCCCUGUCAGCGGAUAUACUCCUUCCAUUGCUCCUUCGGAACGCAGCAACGUGGGACUGCCGGGCCGCUACAGGCCCGUCUCACAGGCGCCCCAGCGGAUCUCGCAAGACCAGGGUUCGGUCCGGGACUUCUCUGGCGCGCGCCGCGCGUCGACCAUGCCCAACGUGCUGGAUGGGUGGGAUCAACCCACUAUCAGGCCGGUGGGGAAGACCCCCUCACCUCCCUUGCCGCACUCGUCUGAUUAUCGAGGCAAGCCGAAGAACGAUGACGACGAUGAUGACGAGAAGGGGUGGGAGGCCAUGAAGGCGAAGCGGGAGAAGAAGCGGUCGCUGUGGAGGUCGAAGAAGAUUAUCGAUCCCAAUUUGGGUGCGUUGAUUUCGUGA